CCCUGGGAUUCCCUAAAAUAGGGCAGAAAUGAAUCAUUUUAAAGUAAAUGGAACAAAAAGCCCCAUGCCUAUUUAUUCCAAAUUCCAUAUUUUUGGCAAGUUUUGACACCUAAAGAAAGCAAAAUAGCCUUUGUUUAAGUACAAACCCGUUUUUGGUAGGCAAUGCAUUUUAUAUAUAAUACAGGACUGGAACCACAGAGCCCGAGCCAACACUCUGAGGCAGUUUAAUGAGGACUUCCUGUGACCAACCAGCUCCAAGGAAAAGGAUCUGCCUUUCAUCUAAACGGGCAGAGAACAGGCAGAACCGGAUUCUCCAGGUGUGAAGUAAGCAAUUUGUUCUCCUCAUUUGAUAUUAACAGCAAAAGGACAACUUUAUCUCCAACUUAUUUCACUUCAGUAUUUGGCUUUCAAUUAAGUUAACUAUAAGAAACUACAGAAAUUAGCCUGUGAACUACAAGGCAGUGACUUAAACAAUUUGAUCAAAACGUUACGGAUGGUACUCAGUUUUUCUCUCCAAGGCAGGACGACAACACCACAGGCGGAAAGCAGCCUAAGGAACAAGACACAGGAACACAGUAAAAAAAUAGAGCAAGAAACAGUAUAUCUGCUGUAUACGUUGUAGCUGUAAGAAUUCGUAGUAACAGGAGGAAGGGGAAGAUGAAAGACCGACUUCAGGAGCUAAAGCAACGAACAAAGGAGGUGGAGCUCUCUGGGAACAGGCCAGUGUCGACCACAGCCGCAGAGGAGCACGAGGCACUUCCCCAGCAAGCAGUUCUUUAUGAAAGAGAGCCUGUAGCCGAGAGGCACCUGCAUGAGAUCCAGAAGCUACGGGAGAGCAUCAACAACCUGACGGACGACGUCCAGCGGUUUGGGCAGCAACAGAAAAGUCUGGUGGCUUCAAUGAGAAGGUUUAGUCUACUUAAAAGAGAGUCUAGCAUCACAAAGGAGAUAAAAAUCCAAGCUGAACACAUUAACAGAGGUUUGGAUGAUUUAGUAAAAGAAGUUAAAAAGUCAGAGGCUGAAAAUGGCCCAUCAUCAGUGGUCACAAGGAUACUGAAAUCUCAGCAUGCCGCGAUGUUCCGCCACUUUCAGCAAACCAUGUUUGUGUACAAUGACACAAUAGCAGCAAAGCAAGAGAAGUGCAAGACAUUCAUUUUCCGUCAGCUUGAAGUAGCUGGAAAAGAAGUGCCUGAAGAAGAAGUAAAUGAUAUGCUUCAUCAAGGAAAAUGGGAAGUUUUUAACGAAAGCUUACUUAUGGAAAUCACUAUCACUAAAGCACAACUCUCAGAGAUAGAACAGAGACACAAGGAACUUGUUAACUUAGAGAACCAAAUGAAGGAUUUAAGGGACCUUUUCAUUCAGAUAUCUCUUUUAGUAGAGGAACAAGGAGAAAGCAUCAACAAUAUUGAAAUGAUAGUGAACAGUACAAAAGAAUAUGUUAACACUACUAAAGAGAAAUUUGGACUAGCUGUAAAAUACAAAAAAAGAAAUCCUUGCAGGGUAUUGUGUUGUUGGUGUUGCCCAUGCUGUGGCUCAAAAUAAAGAAGCUACUUUAGAAAACGUU